CCGGGCCAGACUCAGCCCCUUUCUCCCGGCGCCGCCGGCUGCGAGCGCGCUGCGGCUGGAGCUGCCCCCAGAGCGGCUCGUGAUGGCGGCGGCGCGGGCUCGGCAGCGGGAGGCGCCCGCCCAGCCCUGCGCGCCGCGCCGCUAGCGGCAGCGCCCGUGCCCGCGGCGGCCGCCCCGGCCCAUGCCCCGGGGGGAAGGGGGGCUGCAGCAGCCCGGCGAGCCGCCCACCCGCGCAGCGGGGGCAUCGCCCCCACUCGCCGCUCCUGGGAGGGCGGAAAGGAGGCAGCGGCGGCGGCGGCGCCGGCUUUGUGCGCGGCGGGCGGAUCGCAGGCCGCGGCGGCGCGGGGCUCGCCUGCUCCCGCCCCAGCCCCAUGAACCAGCCGGACGGCUCCGCUCCGGCGGCGGCGGCAGCGCAGGCCGACGAGAGCAGCAGCAGCGGGAGGAGGAGCUCUUCCAGCAGGGAGUGUCAGAAGAGGAGCCCACGGAGCCCCAGAGCCGAGGGCUCCGGCUCGGUGACGUCCCAGUCCUCCCCCAGUGAAGAGGCUGGAAUGAUGACUGAGGUGAAAGUGAAGACUGAGGUGCCAGAUGACUACAUUGAGGAGGUGAUCUGGCAGGAUGACACCAAAGAUUCCAAGAAGAGCAUGAAGGAUGGGCCGGGGGACGUGCCUGCAGAGAUCUGCGUGGUCAUCGGCGGCGUGCGCAACCAGCAGACGCUCGAUGGAAAAGCAGUGGAACGUGGCUCUCCCGUUGGAUAUACACGAAAUCGAUAUUCAGGGACCUGGAUUUUUGACCAUGCAUUGAGAUACACGUCCGGGUCUUACGAGUGUGGAAUAUGUGGGAAGAAAUACAAGUAUUACAACUGUUUCCAGACCCAUGUGCGAGCACACAGAGACACCGAAGCUGCCUCGGGGGAAGGAGCCUCGCAAGGCAGUGCCCCUCUGGCUGCGGAAAGGGAGAAGAAGCCUCUCUCCAGAGCUGUCUUUGUGCUGCCCUGGGUGGAAUCCACAGAAACAAACAAUUUUAGGUAUACAUGUGACAUCUGUGGGAAAAAAUAUAAAUACUAUAGCUGCUUCCAAGAGCACAGAGACCUUCAUGCCGUGGAUGUUUUUAGUGUGGAAGGGGCCCCAGAAAACCGGGCAGACCCCUACGACCAGGCUGUCAUCGCCGCCGACGAUGUCAAGGAGGAGGAGCCUGAACCCUUCCAGAAGAUUGGGCCCAAAACUGGCAAUUACACCUGUGAGUUCUGUGGCAAGCAGUACAAGUACUACACUCCCUACCAAGAGCACGUGGCUCUGCACGCUCCCAUCAAGUUCUCUCGAUCUCCACUCUUCGUGGCAGUGAAGACACAGACGAGCCAGUCCAGCAAGAAGUCUCCAGCGUCCAUAAACCGCUGCUCCAGCCUCCUGCAGCGCGGCCCCGCGGGGGCCCCGCCCGCCUCGCAGCCCCAGAUGUUCCGCACGCCCAACUCCGCGGGAGGCAAGGCCAUCACAGCAGAAAGUGCUUUCAGCAGAAGAGUGGAAGGCAAGGUGCAAAACAACUUUGAAGAAACAAACAGCAAUUCACAGAACUCCAGUGCUGGUCAUUCGGGGACAGAAAAACCUAAAGAAAAGAGGUGUAAGCAGAACCCAUCAGAAACCGCAAGUCCCCUGAUUUCAAAUCCUUUCCCGCUUUUACGAAAGCCUUACACCUGUGGAGCUUGUGGAAUCCAGUUCCAGUUUUAUAACAAUCUCCUGGAGCACAUGCAGUCCCACGCAGCUGACAAUGAGAACAACAUUGCCUCCAGCCAGCCCAGAUCACCUCUCCCUGUGGUUGAAGAAAAGUGGAAACCACAGCUCCAAAGAAAUAACGCCAACAACACGCCGGCGAGCGGCUCCCUGGGGAGCAGCGCGGUCCCCGAGAAGGAGCGGCAGAACAUCGCCGAGAGGCUGCUGCGGGUCAUGUGCACCGACCUGGGCGCGCUCAGCGUGGUCAGCAGCAAGGACUUCAUCAAGCUGGCGCAGACCCUGGUGGACAGCGGGGCGCGCUACGGGGCCUUCUCCGUCACCGAGGUGCUGGGCAACUUCAACAGCCUGGCUCUGAAGCACCUGCCUCGCAUGUACAACCAGGUGAAGGUGAAAGUCACCUGCGCCCUGGGCAGCAACGCCUGCCUCGGCAUCGGGGUCACCUGCCACUCGCAGAGCGUCGGCCCCGACUCCUGCUACAUCCUCACCGCCUACCAGGUGGAGGGCAGCCACAUCAAGAGCUACGUCCUGGGCAUUAAGGGCGUGGACAUUCGAGACAACGGCGAUUUCAUCCACCACUGGGUGCAGAACGUGCUGUCGGAGUUUGUGAUGUCGGAGAUCAGGACGGUGUACGUGACCGACUGCAAGGUCAACUCGGCGGCGUUCUCCAAGGCGGGCAUGUGCCUGCGCUGCUCGGCCUGUGCCUUGAACUCCGUGGUGCAGAGCGUGCUCAACAAGAGAACGCUGCAGGCUCGCAACAUGCACGAGGUGAUCGAGCUCCUGAAUGUCUGCGAAGACCUGGCGGGCUCCACGGGGCUCUCGAAGGAGACCUUUGGCUCCCUGGAAGAGACGUCCCCGCCGCCCUGCUGGAACUCAGUCACCGACUCCCUGCUGCUCGUCCACGAGCGCUACGAGCAGAUCUGCGAGUUCUACAGCAGGGCCAAGAAGAUGAACCUCAUCCAAAACCUGAACAAACACCUGCUCAGCAACCUGGCGGCCAUCCUGGCGCCGGUGAAGCAGGCCGUGAUCGAGCUGAGCAACGAGAGCCGGCCCACGCUGCAGCUGGUGCUGCCCACCUACGUCAGACUGGAGAAACUCUUCACUUCCAAAGCCAACGACGCUGGCGUGGUCAGCAAACUCUGCCACCUCUUCUUGGAGGCGCUGAAGGAGAACUUCAAAGUUCACUCGGCACACAAGGUAGCCAUGAUCUUGGACCCUCAGCAGAAGCUGCGGCCCGUCCCGCCCUACCAGCACGAAGAGAUCAUUGGCAAGGUCUGCGAGCUGAUCAAUGAGGUGAAAGAGUCCUGGGCAGAAGAAACAGAAUUUGAACCUUCAACCAAGAAGCCUCGUGCGGCAGGGGAGGCCACAGCAGCUCAGGAAGAAGAUUGGUUCGGGAAAAGUGAAGUCUAUGAUUAUUUGCAGGAACCUCUCUUCCAGGCCACCCCUGACCUGUUUCAGUACUGGUCGUGUGUUACCCAAAAGCAUAUGAAACUAGCCAAGCUGGCCUUUUGGCUCUUAGCAGUGCCUGCUGUGGGUGCCAGGAGCGAAUGUGUAAAUAUGUGUGAGCAGGCGCUCUUGAUCAAAAGGAGGCGGCUACUCAGUCCAGAAGACAUGAACAAACUCAUGUUUUUGAAGUCCAACAUGCUUUAAGACUGUCUUUUAAUUAAAAAAAAAAAACUUUAAAACACUGUUCCAAACAAAGAAAAAGAAAUUUAAGUUCUAAACACUGUGGACCUCAUUAUGAAUGCCCCUGGAAACCAAGUGCUUUUUUAUAUAUAUAUAAAAAUAUAAAUAUAUAUAAAAUUAAGUUUGAAAGGAAAGCUGAGCACGGGAGAGAGACAGCCCUCUGCCAGGAACGUGCUCCUUUCCAUAGAUAGUGUGUGGACUUGACAGACUUUCUAAUGUUUUCAAGUGGGCAGACGAAUGGGAGGCUGAUGUUCUAAAGUCUUCAGGCAGCUGAGAUCUAAAGUGACUUGAAGUUUCUUUUGUUUCUCCUCCACCCCACCUUUCCUCUUGUCCCCUGGGCCAUCUUGCCAUGGAUAAUCAGACUCCAUUGACCAGACCAGUUCUGCACUGGACUUUGCUCCUUUGAGUAACUGUACACCUUGAGGGCACUUGGCUGCAGCCUUCUUGGCACGGUGCACAAAUCAGAGCAGCUGUUCCACCAACACCCCUGUCUUUAGAAAUCAGGAAGGGAGGCUUUAAGGUUUUUCAUUUUUAAUUUUAUUUUUAAACUUUCCAUAUCCCUUUUUGUUUUUUUUCCAAAAACCAAAAGUUACUUCUCUGUCUCUACUCUCAGUUUUGAGUUUAACAUGGCAUCAAGUGAUUAUAAGUUUGAUUUCAAACUAACAGAAAUGGUUCAUGGCAGAAACUGUCAGUAGUUGUUACAUUUCUUGGCUUUACAUUUUUUUACAGCAGAACUUCUUUUCUGAACUCCCUGUGUUAAUUAGCUUUUCUGUGAAUUGUGUACAUCAGGUGUUCUUUAACUUGUUCUAGAGUAGCCCAUUUGCAAUUAAAUCAUGUUCUUAUGGGAACCACGGCAGUUGUUUAUGUGGCAAAGCCUAGAAACCAGGAAAAGCAAAUGGUGACAGCACAGGUGGCUGUGGGCCACCAGUGAGCUUGCCAGGUCUGCCAGAGAACCCUUGUACCUAAAGUUUUUUGUUGAGAAGUGUCUCAGUGGCACACAAACCACCCUUCCCAAGGCCAAGGACAAACCAAGGUGUAUGAUUUUUCAGGGGAACAAAGCUCACCAGUUUUGUCAAACUGGGGUUUGAAAGAAGCUUAGAGAAGUGCAUGGGCUCAAAGAUCCUUCUGAAUGUAAGUGCUCCUGAUUGAGUGCAAAGAAAAUCUUCCCAUUUUUGUUUGGAAUGGUUUCCUCUAGUGGCACGAAUGUCUUUUUGAUACCUACAGUGCAUUACACUACUUGUUCUAUUGCUGACCUGUUCUGGCCAGGAAGGCCAGGGCCCCAAAAUGUUCACACAGAACUGGCUCACCCCAAAUGCAAUUAGAGAUCCCCUUAACCCCUCGGUGACUCUGCUGUCCCCAAGGCCAGAGCUCCUGCAGACACAGCUCCUGGGCUGCUGGACAGGCUCUGUCAGGUUUGGUGCCUCUUGGACAAUUCCCAACCUCUGGUGCCAAACUCUGCAUUUUUCACCGCUGGGACUUGUCUCUCAGAGGAAAACUGAAGCAAGUUCUUUUCUUUUCAGCAGUCUCUCCUGCUUCCAGCAGCUCUGGAGCUGUGGUCCCAAUGGCAGGGGAGGGUCAGGAGGAGGGACUGGCCCUGCUGGGAGCAGGCUGGAGCCUCCAGCAGCACGGGGAGUUUGCUGCUGGCUGGCAGUGCAGGGGGAGACUGGAGGCCCCUCUGAAGUGCUGCUGUUGACCAGGUGUUAAACCAGGACCCCACCUGCCCAGCUCUGGUGUAUGAGAAGUUGCAAGUUCCAAGACAUGAGAAAUAGCAAACCCAAUCUCUCAGGCUUUGUGUGCAGAUGCCUUGAAGCUCUCGGGCACUCCCUGACACCUGCACUGCCACAGGACUCAGGGGCACAGUUUGCACGCUGGACCCUUCCAUGCCAGGCUCACCAGGACACACCUUGGCACCAGCUGUCUUGCGCUUUCCAGCCCUUUCAGCCUUCCAUGGCCUUGAGGCUGGUGUUUGGGCUGACCUCUCAGCACUGUUACUGCCAUCAGGCCAAAACCAUUGUCUCCCAAAAUGUUAAGUUUUUGCCUAAAGCACACAGCCUGCCACGUGAACAGGAGCUGCCAAGGCAGAGGCUCUUGCACUCCUGAUUUCCCUGGCCCUGGCUGAUGGAGGGGUUCCUUGCAGGGCCAGCUUUCCUUCUUGCUGGUUUUGUUUUCUCCUGUACAAGUCCUGUGUGCCCAUGGUAGCACAGCAGUUUGCAGGUCAGGGAAAACCUGUGACAGACAAAGAUGAACCCUGAGUGAGUGAGGUGUGUGCUGGGCCCACUGGUACCUGACAGCAGCAAAGCUUGGCUGGUGCAUGGUCCCAAACAGGAGCAGCUGUGGGCACAGAGGGUACACACAGCUCAGCUGGGGGCACAGGGGUCAGGACUGGCAGCUCCUUCUAAUGGCACAUUACACCUUUCUGUGGUUCACCUGAGAGCUCUCUGAUGCUCAGGGCAGCCUGCAAAGCCCUUGCAUUCCUUUGGAAAGACAGCCCCAACCCCCAGCCCUCCUUUGCUAAGGGACAUGUGGAUGAUUUCUGUGGAGUUUGUAAACUCAGGCUCGUGUUGUCUGUGUGAGGCGUUGAGGGUGGGAAGUGGGCAAGACAGAGUGAGCACAGCUGUAAAUCCCUGGAAUUGAGAAUGGGGCAAACUGCAGGGAUUUGUGCCCAGCACUGAGCAGGGCUGUGGUGUGGACUGAGAGCUUGCAGGCAGGAAAGCCACAGCCACCUCUACCUCCCAUCCCACCUCCCCUUUCCCUUCUCACACUGUGGGUUUGGCACCAGAGCUGGGCUUUAGCUGUGGUGCUGACCAAAGGCAGGGAUGGACUGACCCUCCCCAUCCCAAAAACUGCCCCUCUCAGGCAGCUUCACUUGUAGUUGCACCAAUGAUGGGUGUUAAGCAGUGAUGUUGGGUAGAUGAGAUUUUCCCAAAGACUUAAAAACUCAACAGCUGGAAAAGCAAGAGGAAAGCUGAACACCUGCAAUGGAGCAUUCUCAGAGGUGGUGAGGAGAGGGCCUGCUUGUCAGCCCCUUCUGCAGAGACUCACUGGGGAAGGUGAGGCUUUUCCUGACUCUUGCAGGGUGCUCAGCUCAGAGCAGCUGUUUGUGCUCCAGGCUCUCUCUGGGUCACUCAGGCCUCAGGAAAAGCAGAGAAGCACAUCUGUAGCAUUUACCUUAAAUGUCAGGCUUUUGCUCCUCUUCCUACUUCCUUCUUCAAGGCUUGAAUUCACAUUCUAGGGAGCAAAAAUACUUUACCAAGGUCUGAAAUUUGGAAGGUUGCUCCAAGGCAAGCUGCUCUGUGGUGCCCCAGAGGGGUGGAGCAGCCAGGGUGCUGUGGGGAGCACUGCUGGCCUGGGCUGGGAGGGGCACAGCAGAGGCUCUGAGUUUGGCCAGGGCUGGUGAGAGCUUCUGCUCCCUUGGAGUGAGAGGAGAAGUCCUCAGAACUGGGAUCAGCCUCUGGUGGGUCGUGUUGGGAAUUUGCCUUCUGCUUCUUGCUUUCUUUUAAUCUCCCAUGUGAAAUGUGUCAGGAUGCAGGAAUGGUGUGUGGCCUCCAGGCAUCCACCUGUUCCUGCUGUUGACUGUGCCUGACUGUGCAGACUUCUCUUCCUGGCUUCACAGUUUGCUUUGGGAGCGUUCUGACAUUCAGGUGGGAGCAAGCAGCACCAGGAGAGCUCCAGGAGGGAGGGCCUGUCUGAGCAUCCUUGUUACUGCAGAUGGGACAGAGGCAGGCUCCUCAGGAGGUGCUGUCUGUGUGGGUGCAGCAGAAGGUCAGCAGGGAUUGGUCUCCUGUGUCUCUCAGGAGGCAGUGGUUGUGUUUGGCCUGCAGGAUGGACUUGGUGUCUUGCAGCUGGGUUGGGCUGAGGUGGGGGUGAGCUUCCCUUUCUGACCCUCUCUGCUGUGCUAAGGAAACUGCUUUGGGUGGGUUUGAGCUGGUGCAAUCCUCACAACUUUCUGUGAAAGCCAGCUGUGGGUUCAGGUGUUGUCUGGCUCAGUUGUUCAUUCAUUGCUGGUUAAGCCAGUUUAACUUUGAGCUGAACUGGUUUAAGCAUCCACACAAACCACCUGCACUGCUUUAUCUGUGCUUGCUGGGCAGAGAUGGUGUCCAGCAGCAGCUCAGGGAGUCAUGACCCUUAUGUGAAUUUUGCAAAUGAAUUUGCAGCAGAUGCUCUCAAGACUUGGGAAUGACUGAAAAUAGAGGGGAGAGACUUCUGGAAAUGACUCGAGCUCUGAAUGGUGUCACUGGAGUGUUCAGUGAGGUGGCUCAGGUGGGUUGGGUGGUUUUUCUCCAACUGUCUGCAAUAACCCAGAAGGUUUGGCAUGAAUUACCAAAAAUGUUUGUGUUGGUGGCUGAGUCUGCUCAGAGGGCCCAGUUCCAGUCUGGCCAUGGUGAGCACAGCAAGGAGACUGGAACCUCCUGCUUGGUCCCACAGUGCCUGGGCAGUUACAGGCAGCACCCUGUUACCGAUGGAUUAAAAGGCAUUAAAAGAGCAGCCAGGAAGGUGCUGCAAGGCUGGGAGUGCUGAAGAAAGGCUUGGAUCUCUGCUGUACCCUCAGCUAAGGGAGAGGCAGGAGCUCCUGUGAGCAUCCACACAGGAAGGGACAAGCUGUUCCCUAUGGAGUCAUGAGGAGUGAUGGGAGAAAAAUAAAAAAGAUACUAAAGGCAGAUUCUGGGAAACCUCUUCAGGGGGGAGAACUGUGUUCCUCUGGGAGGAGUCUGUGAGGGGAGUGUGUUUUGAGCCCUGUCACUGAGGACAAGGCUGCAGAGUGGAGUUCACUCCAUGGGACACGAGGCUGCAUCUUGCCAAGAGAACAGGAACUGGGUGUAGGGGUGGGAAGUGCCAGGUUCCUGCCCAGACCCCUCCAGGAGCCUUUUCCUGCCCAUCCUGCCACUCACCACCAGCACCAAGCCCUUGGCAGCCCUCAGUGCAUCCAACAGCCAGGUCCCACCAGGGAGCAGAGGGGAAGGCACCAGUCACAGAGCAGAUGUCCUGUCACACUGAUGUGGGGACAGUUCAAUGUCCUGCUGCUCCUGCUGAGCUUUCUCUGUGCUGCCAGGCCCUGGGAUGGGUGGGGAAUGCCCAGGGCCAUGGCUGAGCCCUGCCUGUGCAGAGCUGCCUGUGCCUCUGCAGCAAUAAGAGCCCCGGUUCCCGUGGCUGGGACCUGCCCCCUCCUGGCUCUGUCACCUCCCUGGGGUUCUGGAAGUGUCCCUGAGCAAAGCCUGGGGCCCAGCUGAGCUCCAUGUGGGACAGCCUGGGGACAGUCUGCUUAUGCUAGGCCAGAAAUGGUGAACCAAUGACAGUGGGUUGCCCUAAAUUUAAUUUUAUCUAAUGAAUGUUUGUGGCAUUUCUAUUUAAUUUCAGGCUUAGUUUGGCUGCUUAGCUGAGGUUUUUUUCCUGUUAGGAGUCCUUUGUUGGUAACUCCACUGAGAGUUUUGCUCACAUAGACAAGAGUGUAUCCUUAGACCCUGAGGGGUUCCUCAUCCAUAGGCAGCUGAGGUGGAAUUUUUGGCUCCUGAAACAAGGAAAGAUGACUGGCAGGAUUUUCUGUAGCAUCCCUGGCAGUGGGACCUGGAUGAGCAGCUCAGCCUUAAUGGUGGGAAUAUUGCAGGGUGGAGUUGGUGAGCACAGACACGUCCAACCCUUGCUUUUCACAGCCAAAGUUCCUUAAAAAGGCACUUCAGCCUCACUGGCCUUGAACCCUUGUUCUCACCUCCUGGGGGUCCUUGUGACAUCUCUGCAGUGUCUGUGGAUAGGCUGGGAUUGUUUUUUAAGUGGGCUGGGGGUGGGAGAAGGGACUUUUCCCCUUGCUGUGUAGAAGGACCUUCCCCCUGCAGGAAGGUGGCAUGGUCUGGAAGGAGCAGCAGUUUUAGGAGCUGUUUUCCAUGGUCCCCUGUGCUGGUUUGGCACUAAAGACAACCUAUGGAAGAGAUUUUUUCUGAGAGGAGCAGCUAGUCUUCCUCUAAGUCUGACAAUUAGCCUUUUUCCACCUCUCCAGCCAUCCCCACAGAGCAUUAGCUGCCAUCCAUGAAUCAGUAGAGGCAGAGCUUUGGCCACUUCUCCCUCUCAGCCUUGGCCAGGGCCAGUACUGCUACUUUAAUACUCCUGUUGUGGGAUUCUCUGGAGGCAAGCUGGUAGUGGAUGAGCUGCACGGGGGGAACCCACUGUCUGUAGGCAGACAGUGCCACCAAGACACCAAACCCCAGGAGAUCCUUGUUUGCAGCCAGUCUGAAAGGAGAAGCUGCUCCUCGCUCCCACCUUCCAUUUCCCAAACCUCCUCCUGGAGCUGAAUUCUUGUUUCAUCAAGCAAAGGAUUGAAAGUUCUGCUGUCCCUGCUGGCCCUCCCUGCCCUCAGUAACUCGUGUGCAUUUCCUUCCUUUCUGUAGAUGCAGAUGUUCUAGGCAAUACCACAGAGCACCCGCGCUGCGAGUGCCACCAUGUCAUCUUAAAAAAUACAAAAAAAAUACAAAAAAUAUACAAAAAAUAUCUUUUUUAGGCCAGAGUUUUCUACAGGUAUUAAUGAAUAUUUUUCUUAAUCCUUAUAAGUUUUAUGUGUUUAAUAUUUCUUAAUACCGGUAGCAUUAAUUUAUACUUUUGUAGCAACACAAUAUUUUUAUAAACCGCCACCGCUGGCUUUGUCUUCAUAACGGGAAAGGUGCGGGCAGCUGGCCCCGCGCUGCACCAUGUACUGUAUUUAAAAGGUUAUCUAAUGUCACACUUGCUGUGUUAAUAAACAAAACAAAACCUGU